AUGUCACCAGGAAGAACACCUUCUCAGCAUAAUUCGACGUUAGCGAUCUCACCUUUUAUAACAAAUAGAUACUCCAGAUCAGUUGCACCACCGCCCCAACAACAACAGCAACAACAGCAACAACUAACGCAGCGACAAACACAUUCGAGAACACAAAACAAUGAGAAAGAUGGAGAUCUACUGCCUAACAGUAGUGUGAACCACAGUAGAAUAGAUAACUUUCAAGCUAUUGUAAGCAGUCCUUUAGGUUUGAAAACGAGAGAUCCACCUGCACCUCCAUCUUUGGCCACUCCUUACCAUCAGUUUAAAGGCAAUAAUGAUUCCACUAGAGUAAAGAAUGGAAGUAUGUUUGGGUAUGCAGUUCCUUCCACAGUGAGAAAAGUUAGUAUCCAAGAGAAUGACUACAGGAACACGACGACAAGAAGUAAUAAUAACAAUAACAUUGAUGAUGUUAUGGAUCACAGUGAAUCAAAGGAUGGAGAUCGACUGACUACCACAUUGACCACAACUACUACAGCAGCCACUGCUGCUGAUAUAGAUGUAUCUGAUUUAUCAUCAGUGGAGAGACUACGUUUGUGGAGGCACGAUGCCCUGAUGCAGCAUAUGUAUGAUACUGCAGAAUUUGUUGGAAACAAGAUAUACACGAUAACUAAGGAUCCUAAUGAUGCAUUUUGGCUUGCUCAAGUUUAUUAUUAUAAGGGAUCCUAUAAGAGAACCAUUGAUUUGCUCUCAUUGGACAAUCUUGAUACAACUAGUAUAAUGUGCCGAUACUUAAUCACAUUAUGUCUUUUCAAUUUACAAAAAUAUGAUGAUGCAUUAGAUAUAAUUGGCGAAACUAAUCCUUUUGCUAGUUCCAAUAGUGCAGAUAUGGCUGCUGAUGAGGACUAUGACGAAAACCACGAAUUCCAAAGUGAUGGUGGUAUUAAGAUUGAAUCCUCACUGUGUUUUUUAAGAGGUAAGAUAUAUAGUGCCCAGAAUAAUUUUACGAGAGCUAAAGAAUGUUAUAAAGAAGCAGUACUAAUUGAUGUUAAGAAUUUUGAAGCAUUUCAACAAUUGACAAAUAAGAACUUGUUGACUCCGAAGGAGGAAUGGGAGUUGUUGGAUUGUCUUGAUUUUUCGAGUCUGGAUGAUAAUAAACAAGUUAUUAAACAGCUUUACACAAUUGCAUGUUCUAAUUAUAUUAAUAAAGAUCGGAUAGAGACAUCGAAGCGGAUCCUUUGUGAAGAGUAUACUUUGGAAUCCAAUGUAGAUGUAAUCAAGUGUGAGGUUGAACUUUGUUUCAGCAAUUGUAAAUAUAAUGAAUGUCUAGAUUAUUGUGAAAGGUAUUUAGCUAAGGAUGAGUUAAACCCAAAGAUCUUGCCGACAUACAUUGCAUGUCUACAGGAACUUGGAGCAACAAAUAAACUAUUUUUGGUUUCGCAUAAGCUAGCAGAAAGGAUUCCAAAGGAUGCUAUUACAUGGUAUUCUGUAGCAACUUACUAUAUGUCAUUGAAGAAGAUUGGAGAAGCCCGAAAAUUUUAUUCAAAGAGUUUAAUUAUGGAUCCAUCGUUUGCAGCUGCAUGGUUAGGAUUUGUACAUACCUUUGCUGCAGAAGGAGAACAAGAUCAAGCCCUUGCAGCGUACUCUACAGCUGCAAGGUUUUUCCCUGGAAACCACUUACCGAAUAUGUUCCUUGGGAUGCAAUAUAUGUCACUUAAUAAUUACGCUCUUGCAGAAGAGUAUUUUACAUUAGCAUACGAUAUAUGUUCUCAAGAUCCAUUGUUAUUAAAUGAAAUGGGUGUAUUAUAUUUUAAGAAGGAUGAAUAUGAAAAAUCAAAGAAGUUUUUGAAUAAGGCUAUGGAACAGGUUACCGGUUUGAAUCCAACAGCUAGAACAACAAUAUCAAUCCAGUUAAACUUGGCACAUACUUAUAGAAAAUUAGGUGAUUAUGAAAGGGCUAUUAAAUGUUUCAAAUACGUUCUUGAAGAUUCGGAGAAGGAUGGUGAUAUUUAUUUGACUUUAGGAUUUUUAUAUUUGAAGAUAAAGCAAUUAGAGAAGGCUAUCUCUUACUUACAUAAAGCCUUAGCAUUGAAACCAAAAAAUACAGCAGCACAAGAAUUGUUGUUACACGCUUUAGAAUUAAAUGUUGUUUUAGCGAUAGAUGAUGAUCAUCCAUUAGUAGUGAGUUCAAAGAUUCAAAAUGAGAUUGAUAGAACAGAAAUGUCUCCUCAUGGAGUCCCAACAAUGGAGCAAGCGGCCAACAUUAAAAAGAGACCCUCGAUUCCAUUUCUCGAUUCCGGUAGGACGAUCUCUAAAAGAAGUCGUAGGAAUGACGUAUUAAAGAAUAAGUCACGAACCAAUUCUAAUCAUUUUGAAGAAGAUGAAGCUAUGGAUUUAGAAUAG